AUGAGGAGGGCACCGAUGCUGCCUCGGACUGCGUUGGGCAGCCAGGGAGGUGACGAUGCCCUCAAGGACGAGUGGCGCUUGAAGGUGGCACAUGCUGUGGACGUCCUGCAGGAGGAUGUUCCGCUGCUUUUCGCCAGCUACAAUGGCAUGGGAGGGCGCCUUCCUGACUUCUCCAUAUACAGUUCUGAGAUCAACUUCGUGGAUGAGAGGGCCCCGAGCAUGGUCCUGCACGGACUGCCCAUGUACAGGAACUUCCUGUUAGCACUGCGGUGGUCCAUCCGGUCAAUGUUCGAGGAGAGUAAACUGGAGAUCACCGCCAUGGGCAAGACCCUUUCCGUCGACGGCAAGUUGUCCAUGCGAUGGCGCCUUCACUUGUGGCCAAAAGGGGUCAUGUCCCAUGCGCUCGACUUUAUGGCCCCGAUGAUCCAGGGCUGGGGCUUCCACCUCAGGGAGGAGACCCACCAGUGGGAGGCACCAGCCAUAGUUGAAGGAUAUUCGAACUACGAGUUCGACCCAUGGACAGGGCAGAUCACAAAGCACACGGUGGACAUAAAGAAUCCGCCUCUCUUCAUCACGGACCUCUUGAGGCAGUACUCUGUCAGCGAGGCGAAAACCGCAUUGCCCUAUGGGAUCCCGCUGCGAUUCCAGGCAGCCGAGGGCCCCGAAAGCUCGGCGUCACUGGCGGGUGCCACUCUGCGGGGAGGGGAGUCGCGCCGCGGAGCUUCCACGAUUGCACGCACAGCGAAGGCCAAGGGCCAAGAUUGGCCCAUACCCCAGAGCUGCGAAGACGACUUCGAGUGCAACGGAGGCACUGCGAACUUCCCGCUUCAGUGCUGUGAGCUGCCCCUGUUGGGCAAGUUCUGCUGCAAGCCGCCGGACGACGACGUGCAGCGGAAUUCCAAGGAUCCAGCUUGGCUGCCCCUGCCAGUUCCUUCCGACCCCUGGCAGUAA